ACCGUGGGUGGGGCAUUCCAGCCAGAGACGACGAGUCACCAAAGCAGAAUAGGACCAAUAUUCGUGCUCCUCCACUCGUCCCUCUCUUUCUCUCUCUACCUCUUUCUCUCUCUUCCCUCUCCCUGCGUCGAUCACAGCUGAUUCAAUCUUCAUCGAAAGAAUUACUAAAACCAAGAAUCUCUCUCUGUUUUAUAUUUUCAUGUUUAAUGAGGUAACUUGAAAAAAGCUGAUUCGAUUCAUAAAAGCUCAGAGUGAGAUCUGCGCGAAAGGUCCAAAUCUGGGUUCGCUGGCAUUUUCGCUAUGAUUUCGUAUUCAGUGCAUUGAACUGCAUCUGAUCUGUUUCAGUUUCGUUUCACCAAUUCCAAGACGAUAAGGUGGGCGUUUAUGAGGCCUUGUUUGUUUCCUUCCCGCUCAAUCUAACAGUUUUGGCAUUUGUUCAGGAUCCGUGUACAGUUGUUGUUAUGUGGGGGCAAUAAUGAGGGACACGUCCACAUUAAUAUGAAUUGGAGUGUUUGAUUUCUUUGAAUUCGUGAACUUUUGUCUGCCUCUAUCUUAAAGAAAAAGAUUGGUUUUUUGAUCCGUUUUUGGCCCAAGAGCGUCUCUUCCCUUUCUGAGCCCUGUUGUUUCCAGCAGGUUUGAGCACAAUUCUCACUAAUGCUACAUUGCAGUACAUCAAAGCAAAAUGUUUGAUAAAGGUGGUUUAGUGAGCUUGAAUUGAAUAUGUUGGCCAACUGUUGGGCAUUGUGAUUUGGAGAAAAAUAGAUGGGAUGGGGUGUCAUCUGUGAACAGGGUAGCUCAAAAUCCUUGUUCUCUGAGUACAGAACGGAAAAAAUUUGCUUUGGGUUUUCAAUUUAUAAGUUUUAGCAAUUCUGGUGGGAUUUAAUUUUGCUAUUCUCCAAUGUGUGCCCAUUGGAGAACUGUUUAUGACUUCCGAUAAGCCGUUGCUGUCCUCGUCUGAUCAUUUGUCUGUGCCGAAUCCCCAGCCUUCAACUUUGAGGAUUUCCUCUCUCGGUUGUCUUUGUCACAAUACAUCAGUUUCUUCUUCAGUUUGUGAUGAAACACAAAGUAACUUCUUAUUAGAUUUGAAGGACGACAACAUUCAGGAUAAAUCCCUGAAAGUUUCUGCUUCUCCUGCAACAUCCAACUUAUGUCCGGCUGACCCUAAGUCCUUUCAGCAGUUUCCAUUGGUAUGCCCCCCAUCGAGGAAACGCCUGGUGUCAGGGAGUGGUGCAAUGGAGCUUCAGCAUAAUUCUUCAAGUUUUGAAGUUUCUAAGGCUUCAUCUCAGAUCCAGGAUAAGGUGAACAAAUCUCAGAGGAUUUGCCACAAAAGCAUGCAGUUUGAAGAUGACCCGUCACAUGACGAGAAUGCAAGGUUGAUCUAUGUUAAUGAUCCGAGAAAGACUAAUGAUAAGUAUGAGUUCACUGGUAAUGAAAUCCGAACUAGCAAGUACACGGUCAUAAAUUUCUUGCCCAAGAAUAUUUUCAUUCAGUUUCAUCGGGUUGCUUAUUUAUAUUUUUUAGCCAUUGCUGCUCUCAAUCAGCUUCCUCCUCUCGCAGUUUUUGGUAGAACAGUCUCUCUUUUUCCUCUUCUCUUUGUGCUUUCUGUGACGGCUAUUAAAGAUGGUUAUGAGGAUUGGCGACGACACAGAUCAGACAGGAAUGAGAAUAACCGUGAGGCUCUAGUUCUUCAAUCUGGCAAGUUCCAAGGGAAAACAUGGAAAAAAAUUCGGGCCGGUGAGGUUGUGAAGAUCUGUGCUGAUGAGACAAUUCCAUGUGAUAUGGUGCUGUUAGGAACAAGUGAUUCUAGUGGAAUAGCUUACAUUCAGACGAUGAAUCUGGAUGGUGAGUCAAACUUGAAGACAAGGUAUGCCAGGCAAGAAACGACUCCAAUGGUAGCUGAAGGAGGGACAAUUUCAGGGCUUAUCAGAUGUGAGCAGCCUAAUAGGAAUAUUUAUGAGUUCACAGCCAACAUGGAGUUCAAAGGUCUCAAAUUUCCCCUCAGCCAAUCCAACAUCAUCUUGCGUGGUUGUCAGCUGAAGAAUACAGAUUGGGCAGUCGGUGUAGUGGUUUAUGCUGGACAGGAAACAAAAGCCAUGCUCAACAGUGCAGCGUCUCCAUCAAAAAGAAGCAGACUGGAAACCCACAUGAAUAGGGAAACCUUAUGGUUGUCCGUUUUUCUUUUUAUCAUGUGCUUGGUUGUGUCUGUUGGCAUGUGUCUUUGGCUUGAGCGUCACAAGAACCAGCUAGAUACAUUGCCUUAUUACCGGAAAAGAAAUUUUAGAAAUAAAGGGUUCCAUGCAUACAAUUUUUAUGGGAUCCCAAUGGAGACAUUUUUCUCUUUUUUGAGUUCUAUUAUAGUCUUUCAGAUAAUGAUACCAAUAUCUCUCUACAUUACAAUGGAGUUGGUUCGGUUGGGACAGUCAUACUUCAUGAUUGGCGACCUGCAUAUGUAUGAUAGUAGCUCCAACUCAAGGUUUCAGUGCAGAUCCUUGAAUAUAAAUGAGGAUCUGGGCCAAAUACGUUAUGUAUUUUCUGACAAGACUGGAACACUUACUCAAAACAAAAUGGAAUUCCAAAGAGCUAGUGUGUAUGGGAAGAGUUAUGGGAGUUCUGUGCCUGUGGCUGAUAUGUCGGAUACAAGGAUUGAAGGAGCACCAACAAUGUCCCCUGUAAGUAGGAGAUGGAAGCUGAAGUCUGGAAUUGCCAUUCAUUCUGACCUCAUGGAAUUGUUGCAUAAAGUCUUAGCUGGAGAGGAAAGGGUUGCUGCACAUGAGUUUUUUCUUUCAUUGGCAGCGUGUAACACUGUGAUCCCUAUUCUUACUCAAAGUCCAUCUUCAAGUUGCACGAAGAGUGAAUCAGAUGAAGAUGUCACAGCAAUUGACUAUCAGGGUGAAUCUCCAGAUGAGCAAGCACUGGUUGCUGCCGCCUCUGCAUAUGGAUAUACUCUUUUUGAGCGGACAUCUGGGCAUAUUGUUAUUGAUGUUAAUGGUGAGAAACUAAGGUUGGAUGUCUUGGGUCUGCAUGAGUUUGAUAGCGUGCGCAAAAGAAUGUCUGUCGUUAUCAGAUUUCCUGAUAAUGCUGUAAAAGUGCUGGUGAAAGGUGCUGAUACUUCAAUGUUUAGCAUUUUAAAGAAAGAACCUGCAAGCGAUGAUUAUACAAGGCAUGCAACCCAGAGUCAUUUAAAUGAAUAUUCAUCUGAAGGCUUACGUACGCUUGUAGUUGCUGCCAGGGAUUUAACAGCUGAAGAACUUGAGGAGUGGCAAUGCAUGUAUGAAGAAGCAAGCACUUCAUUGACUGACAGAUCCAUAAAAUUACGCCAAACAGCAGCUCUUAUCGAAUCCAAUUUACGUCUACUCGGGGCUACCGCAAUUGAGGACAAGCUACAAGAGGGUGUACCUGAAACCAUUGAGUCCCUUCGUCAAGCCGGAAUCAAGGUCUGGGUUUUGACUGGAGAUAAGCAAGAGACAGCGAUUUCAAUUGGUCUUUCUUGUAAACUUCUAACUGCAGACAUGCAGCAGAUUAUCAUAAAUGGCAAUUCAGAGAUUGAAUGCAGAAAUCUACUGUCUGAUGCUAAGGCCAAAUAUGGCAUAAAACCGGUAAAGCGCGAGACUCAAAAUUUGAAAUGGAGAAAGGAUGCUGAAACUGAUUAUUCUGAGGUUCCCGGGGAAACAAAUUUGUCCAACAUGCAGCACUGGCAUGCCGAAAGGGAAGAAGGAACUAGGAGUGCUCCACUAGCACUCAUAAUUGAUGGGAAUAGUUUGGUUUACAUCUUAGAGAAAGACUUGGAGUCUGAGCUGUUCGACCUUGCAACUUCCUGUAGGGUUGUGCUUUGCUGUCGUGUUGCACCCUUGCAGAAAGCCGGAAUUGUUGACCUGAUUAAGAGCCGCACUGAUGAUAUGACACUGGCUAUAGGUGAUGGGGCUAAUGACGUUUCGAUGAUCCAAAUGGCGGACGUCGGUGUUGGUAUUUGUGGUCAGGAAGGUCGUCAAGCAGUGAUGGCAUCAGAUUUUGCUAUGGGGCAAUUUCGGUUUCUUAAAAGAUUACUUUUGGUGCAUGGGCACUGGAAUUAUCAGCGUGUUGGUUAUUUGGUUCUUUACAACUUUUACCGUAAUGCCGUUUUUGUAUUGAUGCUCUUUUGGUAUAUAUUGUUCACAGCUUUCUCAACAACUUCUGCAUUAACAGAUUGGAGUAGUGUAUUUUAUUCUGUUAUCUAUACUUCAGUACCUACUAUUGUUGUUGGUAUUUUGGACAAGGACUUGAGUCAUAAGACGCUACUCCAGUAUCCAAAACUCUAUAGUGCUGGCCAUAGGCAAGAGAGCUACAAUAUGGGUCUUUUUUGGAUCAUGAUGAUUGACACACUAUGGCAGAGCCUUGUUCUCUUCUAUGUACCGCUAUUCACCUAUAGGGAUAGCACAAUUGACAUAUGGAGCAUCGGCAGUUUAUGGACAAUUGCAGUUGUUAUCCAAGUCAAUUUGCACUUGGCAAUGGACAUUCAACGUUGGUUACUUCUUACUCAUGCUGCAGUAUGGGGAUCGAUAAUCAUCACAUAUACCUCUUUGGUGGUAUUGGAUUCUAUACCCAUCUUCCCCAAUUAUGGGACAAUCUACCAUCUGGCAAAGUCACCUACCUAUUGGCUCUCCAUUGUGCUUAUAAUAUCUUUGGCACUGCUCCCUCGCUUUAUUUUCAAAGUUAUUCAUCAAACUUUUUGGCCUUCCGAUAUCCAAAUAGCUAGAGAAGCUGAGAUACUAGGAAAACGAUCUAAUUAUUUUGGUUCAACGCCGGAUCAAGGUUCUAAUUGAGGCGUAUACUAUUUGUCUUGUUGACUGCCCCAUUUUAUUAUGGCUUCCCUCGAGUCUUUCAGUGUGGCUUCCCAGUGGCAUUCAGGUGUAAAAAUUUAACAGUGAGUUACACAAUCUGACUGCCAGCAUGUGAAAAAAUGAUCAAAAGAUGGCAGCACAGAUGGUUUGUCUUGGCCAGAUACAUGAUUAAACAGGAAGAGCAGGUGAAUUCAGGGCGUAGAGAGGUUUUGGUGGAUACUGAAGUUGAAAUGGUUUGGUUGAGGAGAAGAAAAAGGAGCAUAGAUAAUGUUGAAAGGCUCUUGAGCAUUUUGGUUGAUAUUUGCAGGGGUUGGUGUUGAACGGCUAUAAAAACGAUAGGCUUGUGGUUGGUACUUUAACCUCAUGGGAAUGUCAAAGUGGCCAACAGAAAAAAACAAAAGCGAAAAGUAUAUAAUAGUUUCUUGUAGUGACCAGGUGUGCAUUUCUUACUCUUUGUAUAAUAAAUGAAAUGAGGUGUGUUAAAAAAUAUAUGUAGUAGCUGUAAUCAGUUGGAGUCGGCUAUCAGUAUGGGCUGAUCCCUCUUAAACUUGGACUCUACUAUUCUUACACGUUAAGGGUCAAAGCAAGUCUCAACCGCUCUACCCUCAAGGGCUUCAACCUGCAAAUUUUCCAGCAUCAAGCAUGCUUGAGGUGGAAACCCGAGGGAGGGGGGAUGUGAAAUGCCUUGAUUUUCUUAUUCAUCUCAAUUGUAUCGCCGCACCCUCUUAACAUGCAAAAGAAUGGUGACAAUAACUGCUUUUUAUAGGCCUCUCAGUGUGCAUGGGUGGGGAACCUUUGGAUCUUAGAUAGAUGCUAGGAUAACAGAUGUGAUGAAGAAUAAGUUCCCCUUGUUUUUGGAUUGGGUUUCUUGCUGUGGUUUCCAGAUCAUGUUUCAAUGACAAUCUGGAAAGAAAAUUAUCGCAUGCAUUAACUAGUGGCUGUAAAUAUAUAGAUGGGUGGGACUUGGUGCAACAGUAAGGUUGGUUGCUCCAUUUUGACCUGGAGGUCUCCUUUUCGCAUGCGGAGCUAAAACCGUGUACAUCUGGUCAUUCCCAGACCCCGCAAGAGCCCUCGUGCAUUGAACUAACCUUUUUUCUUUUUUUGCAUUGAACUAACCUUUUUCCUUUUUUUAACUAUUAGUCUAUUACUGAACCAUAAUGCUGCAUUUAGAUGGAUGGUUUAUAAAUGAAUGGAAAUUUGUUUAGGUAUUGUAGGCUUUGGUCUGGAUCUUAACAAUAUCCAUAGGUGAAAAGGAUUUUGAUUGGGAACACUUGCAUUUAUUUUCUCACCACGGGCAAGGUGAGAGGAUAUGAUCAUUAGGUUAAAUUGUGUUAUUGGAAUGCUCUUUUUGUAAGAAUUUAGGAGUAAAGGUGGAUGUGGGAAUCCUAAUCUGUCUUUUUACAAUAAUGUUUGGCAUCCAGCUUGAACAUCAAACGACAGGACAAAUUGGGAAUAUUUUCUUUCGUCUUUGUUAACUAGUACUCCCUCUGUUCCAAAUUAGAUGUCCUGUUCCGAAAACUGAGGUAGUAAUAAUUUGUUGUUGAUGUUUAUAAUUAAAUACUGUUGUAAAUUCUGAACUCUAGUAUUUGAUUCAAUAGUGAGUUCUCACAUAUGUGGGGACCAAAUAACAUCUAUCAUGUCGGAAAUCAAGGAUAUUAAGCAUAUAUUCAGGGGUAUUCCACCAGAGUUUCUAGCCAUCUAAAAAAUAACAUUCAUGCUAGGCGUACAUAUAAAUAGACAACAUUUAUAUAUCAGCUGUGGCUGUCCAAUUUUUUUUAUAUAUAGAUUGUAAUUAUACCAUAUGAUGAUCAGUUUUUAUCCAUGUUACUAAUAAAAUCGAUAUAUUUCAAUCAAUUCAGCAAGGCCUACAAAUAGUUGGUGGGUUGAUUUCUCUCAACUAUCAUUUGAUGAAUCUAAUCUUCAAAAUAAUUUAUCGAUUAAAUGUGUUCUAAUUAAAAGAUUUUUAUUAUUGUUAAUAAUUCCAAACAAGAAGAUAUUGGGUGAGCCAAACUCAAAUAUAAAACAUUUCUUAGUAAUUUGAUUGGGUUUGUAUACUUGGUAUAACUUAAAUCACACCAUUCUUCUAAAUAGGUAUCAUUCUUACUUUCUCCCUCUCACUCUACAUUGUGCGGCUUACCAUUAUUUACUGGGAAAAAAAAAGAAAUUUUGAUAAAUAAAAAAAAAAAAGAAAAA